AUGCCGCCGAUGUCACUAUCACAGCGUCCGCCAACCCAUGGCGACGACUUGGACGAUUAUGGCUUGGACGACGACCUGGACAACCCAUUCGCAUCUCCAACUCCCCCGCCAGAAUCGUCAAGCAAGAAGAGAAAAGAGCCAGACUCUGGGCUGGGAAUCGAAGAGGAGGUUUCAGUCCAGAAGCGUGUGAGGGUUCCAAACGUAAAGCUUGACGAAGAAAGACUCUUAGGCCCAGCUGGCAUCCCCAAGCUCAGAAAACGAGCCGCAGGCCUCAAGCUUAAAGGCAAAGGCCACGAAUUCUCAGACGCCUCUCGCCUCCUCUCCUUCUACCAGCUAUGGCUCGACGACCUCUUCCCCAAAGCCCGCUUCCUCGACGCCCUCGCGAUGGUCGAAAAGGCCGGCCACAAAAAGGCCCUCGUGACGGCGCGAAACGAAUGGAUCAACGAAGGGCGCCCCAAGGCGAGCAACGACGACGACGACGAACUGGGCAUUGGAGCCGUGAAUAUUAACGAAGAUGACGAUUUAUACGACGCUACUCCUCGGGGAGCGAGAAGAUUUGUGAAUAUGCUUCGUGAUGCGCCAGUGCCAGCAGCACCACUACCGGCAAACGAUGAUAUGCCUGAUGAUGACGAUUUGGAAGCGCUCAUGGCGGAAGCAGAGAGCAUGGACAGGGGGAAGCUUCUCACAGCCACGACAAGUACUGCUGCUGCUACUACUACCACUACCAGUGCAAACGGUCCAGAAAACGACGGCGACGACGAUGACUACCUAGAAGCCCUCAUCGCAGAAGCAGAAGCGCAAGACGAGCAGCAGCCUGCACAAAAAAGAGUGGGCGAUGGCCCAGCUUCGGGCGAUAAGGGACACGAUUUUGCGGAUGAAGAGGAAGCUAUGCGGGAGAUGGACGGCUUGUGGUGA